UUCAUCUUGCAACAUCACUGCCACGUCUCUGCAGCAGCAGCACACAUCGGGAUGGGCAGUGGGGGAUGAGAGGAAGAGAAAAGAUCGAGGGAGUGACGGAGGAAGGAAAUAGCAACAUCCACAAAGGCAGCCCUGCCUGGCUGGAAGUCUUGCAGAAUUAAGAGGGAUCUCGUCGCUGUCUAUUGUCUUCACCCAUGCUAAACUCGGGCACGAUGGACGAAUUCGUUACCGAGGAAGAAGAGCCUUGGUACGACCAGCGGGACUUGGAGCAAGACCUCCACCUGGCUGCAGAGCUAGGAAAGACCUUGCUGGAGAGGAACAAGGAGCUGGAGGACUCCCUGCAGCAGAUGUACAUAACCAAUGAAGAGCAAGUGCACGAAAUUGAGUACCUGUCAAAACAGCUGGAGGUCCUUCGAGAGAUGAAUGAACAGCACGCCAAAGUGUACGAGCAACUGGAUGGUACGGCGAGGGAGCUCGAACACACCAACCAAACACUCGUGACUGACGGGAAAGCCUCACAGCAAAAGAUAGAGAGGUUAAGCGGGACCAUUGAGACAUUACAGAAUCAGGUGGAGACCCUUUCAGGCCAGGUGGAGCAGUUGCGCUCCGUGGAACAACUCCGAGUCAAAAGGGAGAAGAGGGAACGACGCAAGACCAUCCACUCCUUCCCUUGUCUGAGGGAACUUUGCACAGCACCCAGGUACGAAGACGAGUUUGUGGUGGGCAGGGCCGAAAGUUUUACUUUGGAGCCCAAGCGUCAGCCCUUCGAAGAGGAGAACAAGCACCUGAGAGAGGCCGUGUCAGCUUUGCGAACGGCUAUCCGGGCAGAGCGAGGACGCAGAGAAUGUGUGGAGAAGGAGUGCCAUCUGCUCCUUACGGACUUCUCGCGUCUGCAAACACGCGUUCAGGAGGCUGAGAGUUGCCAAGCCAGGGUGCGGGAAUUGGAGGUGGAGCUACAAGAGCUGCAGCAGCUACGCCGCAGCCGGACUUUCCUUCUCGGGAACGAGGACGACGGCGUAACCUUGACCCAGACUGUCCUCAAUCGCACCCCGGAGACCGACACCUUCCUGGAGGAAGAGGUCGGCGAGACGGGAGGAGGCGUUCGGGAGGAGGCGGAGGGCGGAAGCGGCGUGAACGGGGAGGCUCUCCCCGAAUCGAACCCGGUGAGAAAAAGCUGUAGCGACACGGCGCUCAACGCCAUGGUGGCGCGGGAUGCGUCUGGCCGCAGAAGAGGAAGCUACGCGCUUCACGCCAACAGCGUGAGGAAGAGAGGGAUGUCCAUCCUCAGGGAAGUGGACGAGCAGUACCACGCCUUACUGGAAAAAUACGAGGAGCUGCUGGGAAAAUGCAGACGCCACGAGGAAAGCCUUUGCCACGCCGGCGUCCAGACGUCCCGACCCGUUUCCCGAGACCCUUCCAUGAAAGACUGCGCUAUGGGCCACGCCCCUGCUCCUCCGCCCACUCCCACCCAGUCGCCGUCCACACCGGAAGCCAUCGAGAUGAUUGGCAAGCAAGUGGAGGCGGUGGAUAAGCGUCUGGGGCAGAACGCUCCAGAGUACAAGGCUCUCUUCAAGGAGAUAUUCUCUCGUAUCCAGAAGACCAAAAUGGAUAUUAGAUCUUCCAAAUCGACAAAAUCAAGCAAAUCCAGCAAAUCGGGCAAACCGAGUAAAUAGUUAGGUGUCCGCUUUUAGAGUAUCGGUAGUUUGUGAAACGUCAUACUCCAUGAUUCAAAUCCAAUCCAAAAGUCCAUCUUGCCUGCUUUAGAAUACGCUACAAAUGGGGGUAAA